AUGGCGGAAAACGAGUUACUUGAAGAUCAUUGUGGAUACUGUACUCAUUGUGGAGGUGAAAUCGAAAGAGAGUUUAUUUUUUGUCCGCAAUGUGGACUGAAUAUAGAAAAAAGAUAUUUGUCAAACACUGUCAUUUUAGGGAAUGGUUCACUUUCUGAGCGUGAAAUUAUCGAAAGUUAUUUUCACAGUGGCUUUGAAUAUGAAUCAAUUUUGCAGUUUCUAAGUAAGUUUCAUGCCAUCAAAAUGUCAAUGUCGACUUUGAAGCGGCGGCUUAAAAUGUUUGGUUUGCAAAGGAAGCAGCAGGAAGUAAAUAUGGACGAAAUAACGGAAAUUAUGAGGAGGGAGUUAAGCGGAUCUGGUUGUUUAUUCGGUUACCGGACAAUGUGGCAUACAUUACGCAUUAAAUACGGCAUACUGGUUCCUAGAAAUUUAGUGCAAAUACGUUUGAAGGAACUGGACCCACAAGGCUCACAGGAUAGAAGACGGCACCGUUUAAAACGGAGAGUCUACAAUGUACCCGGCCCUAAUUAUUGCUGGCACGUAGAUGGGUACGAUAAGAUCAAACCAUACGGAUUCCCCGUGCAUGGAGCAAUUGAUGGAUAUAGCCGUCGUCUAUUAUGGCUUAAAGUUGGACGAACAAACAAUGACCCAGCAGUAACAGCAAAAUAUUUCUACGACUGUAUUGAAGAGCUGGAAGGAUGUCCCCGACUUUUGAGGACAGACUGUGGUACUGAAAACGGUCUGAUGGCAACGAUGCAGUGCUUAUUAAGAGCAGACGGAGAGGACGAACUUGCAGGAGAAAACUCUCAUCGAUAUGGACCAUCCACUGGUAAUCAAAGAAUUGAGAGUUUUUGGUCUCAGUUACGGAAAGGGUGCACCACUUGGUGGAUGAACUUUUUUAAAGAUCUGUCUGAUAGGGGAGUUUUGAAUUUAGGGAAUGUUAUCCACACCACAUGGAGGCUCUGUGGUUUUGUUUUACCCAGCUUGUUCAACGGGAUUUGGAUUUUUUACCCUAUAUUGGAAUACACACUACAUCCGCCAUUCAAGGCAUGAAACAGUUGCUGGUAGACCAGAUGAGUUAUUUUUUAAUCCUGAGAGCAGAGGAGCAACAAGUCAUCUUCAACCGAUAGAUGACGAUCUCAUGGAGGAAUUGAAAAAUCAGUGUAAAGAGGCAAAUGAAGCAACUGACCAUCAAUUAUAUUUCCGUUUUGUUUUGGAACAUGAGAAUUUGUCAGAGCCAAAUCAUUGGCAAGAAGCAGUUGAUUUGUUCAUACAUCUCACUUCUGUUGCAGAGUAA